AUUCAGCCCUCGCUCGUUGCGUGGGAAGAUGCUGAGCUUCAGUGGCAUCCCUCCACGCAGCAGCUCUGGGAAAACGUCGGACGAGCAGCUCUUCCAUGCAGUUGAUGAAUCCCUCCAUGAAGUGCGCAGGCUCCAGGGAUCCAUCUCGUGGGUGUUUGUCGGGUUUCCUCCGACGACAGCGAGCGGUCAUGACACAACGCUGUGUGUGUUGAAGCAGGGCACAGGACCCGUGUCCGACGAGCGAAAUUGGCCGGACGGGCUCUUUGAACCCAAAUCGCUUUGCUACGGUUUGUGUCGACUGGAAACUGACGACAUAAGCCCCACGUCGCCGCGAACCCCACGAACGUCGAACGCCGGCAUGUUCUCAUUCAACCUGACCCCAUACGUUGUGUCGCUGUGCUGGAAAGGCAACACCCUGCCGUUUGCAUUGCGCGCGAAACACACCGAGUUCCACAAAAGAAUACAGGACCAUUUGGCAGGAAUGGCCCAUCUUCAGUUGACUUCCCCGGACGAUCUAAGCGACGACAACAUCAAGCUUAUGCUGCCCUUCACCAAGCGACGCAGUCUGAGCAAACGCUUAGGACAGGCGGUCAAGACGGUCGAAAUCUCGCCCGAAGUGCAGCAGGCCUACAACGACAUCCGCAACGACUCGGUCCCGUUCAACUGGAUGGUCGCUGGGUUCGAACAAACGACGGACGACGAACCGACGAAGCUGAUUCUGUUGGAGACGGGCAUGGGUGGGUACAAUGCCCUGAGCAGUCUCGGCGGCAUCACGUCGACCGUGAACUCGGGGAGCGGCGUCAAGUACAUUUACCUUCGCAUUGACGUGCCGCUGCAGCAAGGCCCCGUGAGCAAGUACAUCCUGGUGACCUUUCACCACUUGGCGCCACUCCGAGAAGACGACACCGCUGAGAACGGAAUGGUCAUGACAUCGCCGUCGUUCUCGUCCGAGUCCAAGGUCGCGUCGGCCACAAAUGCGUACUCGUUUGGCACGGAAAUCUACAAGUUCUUUCCGCAUCAUAUUCACUUUUUUGCCUCGAGCAUUGGCGACGUGUCGGAAGAAGUGGUCCGUGACCGCGUUCGGCGGGCCGUCGAUUCAGACCGACUCUUCCUCCGUGUGGUUUGCAUCUUACCCACGGGCGAAGCCCAGCCCGCCAUUUGUGUGGAAACACCCCGGGAAGCGACGCUCGAAGAAUUGAAACGAACGAUCGAAAACGUCGUGGGGCUGCCAACCCAUCGCCAGCGCCUCGUGUGGUUUCACGCCAAGGACGAUGUCGACAAGAACGCCUUCCAUGAAAGCCAGUCGAUGUCCCAGGCAACGCCGCUCGUGCACAACGCCGCGCGGCUGCAGCAAGACAUUGGCCUAACUCAUGGCGACAAAAUUCACAUGGACGACAUGAAUGCCGGCCCGGACUCGAUCUUGGCCAAGUUGGUGGAGCAACUGAAUGCAGGGUCUGAAGUGAUGAGCUUACCGGCGGAGCGACGCCAUGAAGUCGAAUACAACGUGCAGGCGCGCGAGAAGGAACUCAAGCGUAACAUCAGUGCGACGGCCGACUUGAUUGCGCAGGCAGACCCGGCCAACGUCCAGACAAAGGCGCUGCAAGUGCAGGCCGAGAAGCUCGACAGCCAACAGCGAUACCUUGAUAUCCCCUACGACACCAUUCGGCUCUUGGAAGGGAAGGAGAACGAGCUCGGGUGCGGCAAGUGCGCAACAGUGUACCGUGGCAUGUGGAUUGUCGACAGCAACAAAGUGGCCGAGGUCGCGGUCAAAGUAUUUCGGUACGCUCGCCUGACGGACAAGAUCAUGGGCGACUACACGCAAGAAGUCGCGAUGCUGCGCCAGCUCAAACACCCCAACAUUGUGCUCUUCAUUGGGGCGUGCAUCCAGCCCAAAUUGAUGAUCCUGACAGAGUACUGCGCGCGGCGGAGUCUGUUUUACGUGAUCCAUACGCAGGCCAUGUAUGCGUCGAUGCCGUGGAAGUACAAAGUUCGCAUGAUGCUGGAUGCGGCGCGCGGUGUGGCAUACCUCCACUCGAUGCGAAUCAUCCACCGAGAUAUCAAGUCGCACAACCUCCUCGUGGACGACGACUGGCGCGUAAAAGUGGCCGACUUUGGAAUUAGCAAAGUUCUCGAUGCUGGCUCGCAAGCGUUUACACAGUGCGGCACGAGCGGCUGGGUGGCGCCCGAAGUGUUGCUGGACGAAGAUGUUGGAUACACGUUCAAAGCGGACAACUGGAGGUAGUGGUGUCCGCUCCCCAUUCCGUCGACAGACUCGUCUAUAUGCGUGUAGCUUUGGGAUCGUGAUGUGGGAGAUGAUUGCGGGGACGUUUGAAAACCCGUUCUUGGGCAUGGCCCCCGUCAAGUUUUACAAUCAAGCGCUCAACGGCGUGCGGCCGGUCAUCGGGGACGAUGUAAGUGAAAGGCCAGCCACACAAGGUCUCACGGCGUGGGGGGCAUAGGUGGACCCAGCCUACGCGGCACUCAUUCGAGACUGCUGGCAAAACGAAGCGUCGCUCCGGCCAAAGUUUUCGGCGAUCGUGGCGAGAUUGGAGACGAUUCUGGUCGACUUGGGGAUGGACACUGGGCUGCCACCGACGUUCAGUGGCGGGUAUCACUCGUUAUCUUAAUACACGCCGUCGCCAUGAAACGAUCUGCCACUCUCCAUCCAUACACGCUUUGUCAGUAUGAAAGAAUACGCAAUGACGUGGCAGCACGAGCGAGUGUUUGAACCACCGGCGCCGAGCAACGGCCUAACACCCCGACCCAUGUUUUCUUGACAGUGCUUCCACGACACAUCGACACGGCGCACGCCGACUGGCCCGACAUCCCUCUCCGCCUCGACCCCUCGCUUGAAUGGAGCGAGGGCAUCAUCGCAAGCAUGUGAUCAGGAAAAAG